AUGUCUAACAACUCUCUCGCGCAAUUGAAGGCCACCGGCACCGUUGUCGUCACCGACACUGGUGAAUUCGAAUCCAUCGCCCAGUACACCCCGCAGGACGCCACCACCAACCCGUCGUUGAUCCUUGCUGCCUCUAAGAAGCCAGAGUACGCCAAGUUGAUCGAUGUUGCCGUUGCGUAUGCCAAGAAGAACGCCUCGACUCCUAAGGAGCAGGCCAACUUGGCGCUUGACCGUUUGUUGGUUGAGUUCGGGAAGGAGAUUCUCUCCAUUGUCCCAGGCCGUGUUUCCACCGAGGUUGACGCCAGAUUGUCCUUCGACAAGCAGGCCACUAUUAACAAGGCCUUGGAGUUGAUCAAGUUGUACGAAUCCGUCGGUAUUCACAAGGACAGAAUCUUGAUCAAGGUUGCCUCCACCUGGGAGGGUAUCCAGGCUGCCAGAGAGUUGGAGGCCAAGCACGGUAUCCACUGUAACUUGACCUUGUUGUUCUCCAUGGUCCAGGCCGUUGCCUGUGCCGAGGCCAACAUCACCUUGAUUUCUCCAUUCGUUGGCAGAAUCUUGGAUUGGUACAAGGCCUCCACCGGCAAGACCUACACCGCGGAAACCGACCCGGGUGUGUUGUCUGUCAGACAGAUCUUCAACUACUACAAGAAGUUCGGCUACAAGACCAUUGUCAUGGGCGCCUCGUUCAGAAACACCGGUGAAAUCAAGGCCCUUGCCGGCUGCGACUUCUUGACCAUCGCCCCAACCCUCUUGGAGGAGUUGGCCAAUUCCACCGAGGCCAUUCCACAACUCUUGAAUGCCAAGGCUGCCGCCUCCGCUGACUUUGAGAAGGUUUCUUACGUCGACAAUGAGGCUGUCUUCAGAAACUUGUUGAAUGAGGACGCCAUGGCCACUGAAAAGUUGUCCGAGGGUAUCAGAAAGUUCUCCGCCGACUGCGCCACCUUGGUUGCCCAGUUGGAGCAGAAGGUUCAGGCUUAA